CCGAUACUAGAGCCAAGAGUGCCCUUGGCACAUACACAGAGUGUUCUCAUAUUUUUUUAGUACUUUUGUUCUUAUGGGUCAAGGACCCUAUAGCUAAAUUUAGCCUAUUUAUUUAUUAACAAAAGGAAUAGAAAAAGAAUAAUAAGAAACAUGCAUAGCAUCACCAGUAAUCAAAAGCUAAAGGCUGGCUUGAAUUCUCUAUAAAAUGCUAUCCAUGGAUGAUACUCUUCAUAUCUAACCUGGUUGCUAACCAUGGCAUCCCAAACCCCCCAGCUUCAUUUUACCUUAUUCCCUCUUAUGGCCCAAGGCCACAUGAUUCCAAUGGUUGAUAUGGCUAGAAUGUUGGCACUGCGAGGUGUUACCAUAACCAUUUUCACCACACCAUGCAACGCCGCCCGUUUCAAGUUAGUCCUUGAUCGUGCCAUCAAAGCCGGGCUUCAAAUUCGAGUAAUCGAACUGAAGUUUCCAUGUCAAGAGGCAGGACUACCCGAGGGGUGUGAGAACUUUGACAUGCUACCUUCACCCCACUUAGCCUUCAAUUUCUACAAUGCAACAGCUAUGCUACAAGAGCAAGUAGAGAUGUUGUUCCCAGAGCUCACACCAAAGCCAUGUUGCAUAAUCUCUGACUUAUGCUUGCCUUGGACAAACGACAUUGCUAACAUGUUUGAUAUACCAAGGAUAAGUUUCCAUGUACAUAGUUGCUUUUCACUCUUGUGUUUGUACAAUUUAGGCGUUCAUUCCAAGGUGUUUGAGAGUGUAACCUCAGAUUCUGAGUACUUUAUCGUUCCAGGUAAUUUGCCUGAUCGAAUCGAGGUUACCAAAGCUCAGAUACCAGGACCAUUGCUUCCAAACUUGAAGGAUUUCAUUGUCCGAAUGGGAGCAGCUGAAAGGGCCUCAUACGGUUCCAUUGUGAACACUUUCGAAGAACUCGAGGGACCAUAUGCUAAUGAGUACAAAAACGCAACAAAAAAGAACCAUCUGUGGUGUAUUGGCCCAACCUCAUUAUGGAACCAAGAUGACUUGGAAAGAGGAAACAAGUCAUCAAUUGAUAAAAAUCAGUGUUUGAAGUGGCUUGAUUCCUGGGAACCAAACUCUGUGCUCUAUGUUUGCCUUGGAAGCCUAUGUAAUAUGAUACCUUCACAACUCAUAGAGCUUGGCUUGGGGAUAGAAGAGUCAAAGAGGCCAUUUAUUUGGGUUAUAAAGGAAGGGAGGACAUCAAAAGAGUUGGAGGAGUUGCUUUUGAAAGAUGGAUUUGAGGAAAGAAACAAAGAAAGAGGCCUUUUGAUCAGAGGUUGGGCACCUCAAGUGUUGAUUUUGUCACACCAAUCAACUGGAGGGUUUAUAACACAUUGUGGAUCAAGUUCAUUUCUUGAAGGAGUAUGUGCUGGAGUUCCCAUGGCCACUUGGCCACUAUUUGGUGACCAAUUUUUUGCUGAGCAUCUUCUUGUGACAGUUCUGAAAAUUGCUGUAAGAAUUGGGGUGCCAAAACCACUGAAUUGGGGAGAGGAAGAAAAGACUGGGAUAUUGGUGUACAAGGAAAAUGUGAAGGGAGCCAUAGAAAUAUUAAUGGAUGAAGGGAAAGUAAGUCAAGAGAGAAGAGAAAGAGUUGGGGAGCUUGCAAUUAUGGCAAAGGGAGCUGUACAAGAAGGGGGUUCAUCUUAUGUCAACAUUACAAAUCUAGUCCAACAUUUCAUGCAAUUAUGAAGUGGUGGGUGUGAUGUAUCUCAUGUUGGCCGGUUUCAAGGAGUGGAUGCUUUUGGUGUUUGAAAUCAGCAAUUGUCUUGUGAUUUGGAUCUUUGUCCAAAGAAAAAAUAGAAGAAAAGUGUGUGCUCUCCAAGAUGAAGAUACUCAUGUGUAUCCUUGGGUUUGUUAUUGUUGUUAAUCUAUUGUAUAAUGGAAUAAUAAAAAUUGAAGGCUUGUUGUUUGGGACCCUUUGGUUAAGGGAAUU